AUGGCCUGCGACGACGGUCUCGCCUCGGAUUCCCAAUUGUCGGAACUGCUGACGCUGCAAGAGGGCAAUCUCUGGCAUCCUGGCAACACCGGACGUCACCUCUCGAGGACGGCACGGCCGUUCUUGACGUGCCUUUUCGGACACGAUGCGUCAUGUACGGCGUGUGGACAAAUUCAUGGCCACGUCACACGGCGGAAGCCGGCGUGGCCGCGUGUCACAUGGACGAACGAUAACUUUGCCACUCUCAGACAGCGACGCUUUGGGGGGAGCACACCAGUAUCGGCGGGACCCGAGAACGAAGAAAACAAGAUCCGCAUGACCAAAAAAGAAAAAGAAAAAGAAAGAAAAACGAACCAGGGGGUAGGAUUCUGCGCGUACAGCUGA